AUGGCGCCUCAACUCACCGAAGACGAGAUCGAUGAUCUCAUUUACUUUGCCCGGGCGGGUGAGAAUGAGGACAUGAAGGAGACGCUGAUAUCGUUGGCGGAGCGGGAAAAGGUCACGCCCGCUGAGAUCCUCGUCGCGGCCCGGGACGAGGCCAAGUCGACGACGUUGCACAUGGCGACCGGCAACGGCCAUCUGGAAAUGGUGCGUCAGCUCGUCGAUGCGUUCGAGGGCCGACCAAAGGAGGAGAAGCAGGCUUUUCUGGACGAGCCGAACGAGCAUGGCAACACGGGGCUUCACUGGGCCGCACUCGGAGGCCACCUCGAGACGGUGAAGCUUCUUAUGGAGCAUGGCGCCUCGCCGGCUUUGGCAAACGAGCGCAACUACGUUCCUCUGGACCUCGCCAACUUCAACGACAAGCCCGAGAUCGCCCAGUACUUUUUAUCGGCUGCGGGGAUGCUGGAGGAGAGCAACGGAGAGAGUGGUUUGAAUGACGCGGCGGCGUCUAUUGAGCUGGCGGACGGGGAUGAAGUCAAGAAGGACGGUUCAGGGCCAUCGGAAUCGACUGCAUGA